AUGGAUUCUUCUCAAAACAAAGCUAGGGUCCAUGAUCCUCAGCACCUAGUCUUAGGCCCCUCGCAGCGGUUGAAUCGUCGCCUCUCUCCCAUCAAAAUUGACAAAGAUCUUCAGACAGUGCAACCCAAAUUAAAACCCCUUCUUCAAUCGAAUGAUCUUCUGCCGAGAGCCAGAUCCCAGCAAGACUCCCCACUUCUUCGCCCUGGCUUAGUGGCAACUACCUCAGCUGCUUCCAGAUCAAGCACUCUGCUGACGUCGCCAUUAGACGAGGUUCCAGAACGACUCUGGAAUCGCGUACUUCGCACCUCCAGUGCUACGGAGAUAACUAACCCUUAUCUUUCCAUCGAUGACAUUACCUCCACCCGACUAUCCUUAGAUGAGCAUGCAAUACUCUCCAGCCCUCUCGAUUCGCCAAGCCGUUUUGGAACUUCGCGCCGAGUAAACAGUAUGCAAAAGGCCUUUGGGGAUGGAUUCAAGAGCCUGAGAAGGAAGAUCAAAGGGUUUCCGAGCAGCAUUUUCCCCAAUGCCUCAAGCGGUCCGCCCGCUCUACUAGCGACGGAUUUCAUACAGCAACGCUCUUAUUCUCCAGCUCCACACCCUCCAGAGACAUGCAUGAGUGGUGCGCUUUUCCCAGAGCAUGAAGAAAAGGAGAUUCCAGGACUGAUACUCGACUCCGGAAAUGGGCGGUCAGAGCCAGAAGUAAACCAAGCUGAAUCAUCAAAGAUAUGCUCCACGAUGGAACGAGAAGCACUCACAGAAAACCCUAUUGCGAGUGGCACACUAGAGCCAUCCUCUGCACGCCCUCUUCCUCCAUUGCCUUGUCCUUCAGACAGACAGCUCUCAUUUUUGAAUUCCGUGCCGCCCACAGCUACACAGACCCACCCGGUUGAAAGAGGCUCGCUACUGAACCGUUCGCAGUCUGUGACGGCUUCCGCACGACAGAAACCAAAUAGAUAUGCCGCCGUGGAAGGUGCUGAGGACUUCCGGACACGUCCACCCUUCAACCAACACUGGCGCACUAGAUCAUUUGCGGCCGACGUUCCAUACAAACCCAUAAGACCUCUCGGACCGUAUCCUCGACCACCGUCUCGUCCCAACACCGCGUGCUCAAGCAGUCGCACCUUGUAUCGUCAUGUGCAAGACCCACGGAGGGAAGUCCUAUACAUGGAUUGUUCUGAUUGCAACCCUGACUUCAUCUGGAAGAACGGGCAGCUAUGCCGUCGCCCAAGCUUCUCUUCUGCUGUACCCCGGUCUCCGAGGCGGCUGACAUUCCCAGGACGAGGGGAUAAUCAUCACCUUCGACCUAUCACACGCUGUCCCAAGAUUUUUGCUGGCAGAGGUGAUCUCCCUGGAUGCAUGAAAAUAGCCUUGUAUUAUCCGGAUAGCCUCGAACGAAAAGCAGCCCAAGGACUGGUCACCGCGACUCCCUCAUUCGCAGUACCUCCUCGCGAUCUAGUACCGGCAUCGACACCUCCAGCAAACCCUAGGUCUUAUGAGAUCCCCAUAUCUGAUUAUUCUCGCGCCUCCAUAGAUGGGCAAGCAUCUCUGAGAUCCUGGCUGGAAAAGGAGGAGUUGAUGGAUGACCCUUUAAUUCUUGGGGACGAUGUUGCUGGACAAAGCAAUGUGGAUGAGCGGAGGAUAUCACGGGCGUUCUCAGCACGGUCCUUGUUCAGGAGGAAUACAAAGUCCGAGAAGAAAAGAGUCUAA